CGACCGCGCGACGAAGCGUGCUUUGCGACUCGGAGCGCGGUUCACUCCGGUUCAGUGCGGCGAAGUUGGCCGAUAAGCGUGUGUGUGCGCGUUCUGUACUCGCGAAGUUGGAGAUCCAAAAGACAUUCGGCCGGAAAACGUAGAAUUGUGGCGCGUGUAGUUCACAUUUCUACUGAAUUCUCUGAAUCCCGGCUGAUCCCGGUCCCGGUUAUUCAAGAUUUUGCGACACACGUUCCGUGCGAUCAGGAGGAUGACGACGGCGGUUGACAAGGAGGAAGCACGGAAGCGCCUGACGCCGCUGCAAUGGCAUGUGACGCAAGAGAAGGGCACGGAGAGGCCAUUUACCGGUUGCUACAACAAAUUCUACGAAAAGGGAACGUACACUUGCGUCGUGUGUGACCAAGAACUGUUCUCCUCGGACACUAAAUACGACAGCGGAUGCGGUUGGCCUGCAUUCAACGAGGUUCUGGAUCAAGGACGCAUUAAACUGACCAAAGACACCUCUCAUGAUAUGGUGCGGACCGAGGUGACCUGUUCGAAAUGUGAUGCACACCUCGGGCAUGUGUUCAACGACGGACCGAAGCCUACGAGGAAGCGUUUCUGCAUCAACUCCGCCUCCAUAAGCUUCCACUCGGCGGGAGAGGAGAAAUCUACGUAAAAUCAAUAUGCGCGUUUAUUACAUUCUAUAUUUUACUAUAUAUUUAUAUAACGAGAGUU